GGAAGGAGGGUAUAUAAAGGAUUUUGAUAAUUCUGAAUUCAGUAGUUCAAGAUCUCGUUCUGUAAAAUAACCGAAUAACGAAUAACAAUGUGGGCAACCUUGAUCACAGUUUCGAUCUUCGGGUUAAUUAUUGGAAAUGUGGAAGCUGGUCCAAAACAUUUGCCGUCAUACAUCACUGCCUGCAAAAGAAACGAUCCAGAACUGAAUAAAUGUUGCCUGGAACAAGCACGCAUAGCUUUACCUCACAUCGUGGAUGGAGACAAGAGAUACGGAAUCCCAUCAUUUAAACCGAUGAAAUUGGAGAAAGUUAGUGUGAACUCUGGAAAUUUAAAAAUCGAUUUAAAAGAUAUUGAGCUCUAUGGAUUACCUGAUGCUGAUAUCCAAGAUUUGGCGGUUGAUUUAAAAAAACAAUCUGUUAAAAUAGUCUUUAAGUGCCCUCAAAUUGUCAUUUUGGGAAAAUACGUCAUGGAUGGUAAGAUCUUGGUACUACCUCUGAACGGAGCUGGAGAUGCCAAUGUGACAAUUGACAACCCCGUAUUUACCUACACAUCCGACUACAAGCUGGUAAAUAAAGAUGGUUUGGACUACGCUCAAUUAGGCGACCGCAAUGAACUUUCUUACGACAUGACUAGAGUAUACUUCAAAUUUGACAACUUAUUCAAUGGAAACGAACAACUAUCCAAGUCGACUAACGAGGUCCUAAAUGCGGAAUGGAAAACUAUGGUCGGAGAAUUGAAUCCUGCUGUAAAAAUAGUGGUCGCCACUAUAGCCACAACUAUAGUAAAUGGAAUAGUAUCAAGAAUACCUUAUGAGGAGGUAUUUGUAUAACCUCACCGUAUUAUAUGUACCCAUGCAGCCAUAAUGUCUGUGUUAUAAUAUGUAUUAUCUGCAGUAUUACUAUAGUAUUAAUUAGAAACUAAUAAAUAGAUUUGCAUUCAAAA